AUCGACAUGGAUUUGUCUAAAGAACUCAAGCAUAAUGAAUCUAAUGUACAAGAUGCACAGCCGCAUGAUGUACAAGAUGCACAGCCUCAUGUGGAAAAGUUAGCUACUUUAGUAGGACGGCUAAUAAGCAUCAAAAAAAUAUUUCAGACACAUGAUUCUACCAUACAAUCAGAAGCUGAUGUACUUGAUGCUCAACAUGAGGAGGCUGUUUCUCUUAAAAGAGAACUCUUUAAAGAUUCCCAGAUUUACAAACUAUUGGGAGUGAAGGAGGGGAGUGGCUGCUCCGCUGCCCUCAUUCAAUUAUUUUGUGAUUUUUUUGAUCAAGAAAGAGGUAUCUUCAAGAUCAAAGAGGGAAUAGAAAUCAGUUUUUGUGCACACCGGGUUGCAGAUUCACUAUCAAUCAACCAUACCGGUAAGCCAAUCAGGGAAUUUGAGAUGCAGGGGAAGGAUAAAAUGAUGCGGCUUCCACCUUUUGUGGAUAGUUUAAAACAGUUGUAUGUUUCUAAGAAUGAGAAAAAGGAGAAAAAAGAUAGAAACGACAAGGAGAAGCACAAAAACAGGAUUAAGAGGGAAUUGAGUUGUCACUCCUUGAUAGAGAUUUUGAGGCGCAUGCCUGUGGAAACGGAUGAACAGAAAGACCAAUACAAGCAGCUUGUUCGCUUGUUUGUGGUUGACCAGAUUUUCCUUCCAUCUAGCGAAAAUGCAUACAUCAGGAGUGGGAACUACAAGUAUUGCGUUGACGCGUCCACAUUUGAAUCAAUUAAUUGGGCUCAAGCAAUACUUGACAGAAUUUAUGAGGCUGUUAAGAAGAACACUCGGACAUUUAGUGCUUGCAGUACUGUUUUUCAGGCACUCAUUUAUGAUAAAAUUCCGAAGUUGGUUCUCGAGGACAUGAAACUUAAGUCAGCUCUAGUACCGGCAGAUAAAUACCCGGUGAUUAGGAGGAAGAAAGAAAUAUGGAAAUUGAAGCUUGAUGAACUGAACUCCGAAGACAUCAAUAAAUGUGGUCUUUGUUCUCAACUUGACCAUGGCCACCACACGCCACUUUUUCAGAAAGCUUGUGAGGGUGAGUUUAGGCAAAUUAAAGCCCCAUGUGUGUGUAAUAUUCCUUCUUGACUAAUUUUUUAUAUUUUAAGCUAUGCAGGUGUCAUGCUUGCGCAUGUAAUCGGGCAAGCAAGACAGGUACUAGUGGGAUCCUUGGAGGGUGAUUACCUCUCGGAAAUCAAUGAUUUUGGUCUUGUUGAAGACUUGAAAACUCAAUAUUUGGGAAUAGAUGAUAGAGAUGACUGGAGGUUAAUUGAAGCUCUUUCAAUGAAGGAUGCCUGCAGAUACACAGAGCCAGAAGCUCUGCUGAUUAACCUAAGUUCCACUCCAAAAACUUCGAACAUUGUAACUGUUCAUCCUCA